UGUACGCGGCGGCGGACGGUCAUGUCUCUGCCGAUUCUGGUUGCGCUCCUGGUUCUGUGUCCGAACCCGCGUCCGUGCCGGCCUCUGGACGACCAGGCGGCGGACUGCGGGCCGUGCCGAGCCGACUCGUGCCCGGCGCCGCUCGGCUGCCGGGCCGGCGCGGUGCCGGACCGCUGCGGCUGCUGCUCGGAGUGCGCCAACCUGGAGGGGCAAGCCUGCGACCCGGGACGCAAAAACGUCCUCUUCGGACUCUGCGGGGACGGCCUGCGGUGCCAGGCGGACCCGCGACCCGCCGGACGGCGUGUGGGCGACCAAGACGAGGAAGACGAGGAAGAUGAGGAAGAGGAGCAGGUGUGCGUUUGCGAGGAGCGCGAGGCGGUGUGCGGGAGUGACGGGGUGACGUAUGCAAACGUGUGCCACUUCAAAGAGGCCGCCUUCUCGGACCCCGAGCUGCACGCCAGGGGGCGGGGCCCCUGCAAGACUGUUCCAGUUAUCAAAGUGGGCCCUAAAAGCCAAGUGAACGGGAGCGGCAGCCAUCUUGUUUUCCUGUGCGAGGUGUUCGCCUUCCCGAUGGCGGCGGUGGAAUGGCGCAAGGACGACGACGACGACGUCGUCCUGCCCGGAGACGACCCACACAUCUCCGUGCAGAGCCGUGGCGGGCCUCUGCGGUUCGAGCUGUCCAGUUGGCUGCAGAUUGAAGGGGCGGAGCCUGGAGACUCGGGAACCUAUCGCUGCGUGGCCCGCAACAGCUUAGGCUCCGCCUCCGCCGCGGCCGCGCUGGGUGUCCUGCGCGCUGAGGAGCUGUCGUCCUACUUGGCCAAUCAUGCGAGCGACGACCAACGCCGCCUCUAUUGACGACGAUGAUGUCACUUCCUUCCGGCCCGCCGCCAUUUUUGGGUGAAACAUUACGAUAGUUGACAUUAUGUCGAGUUUAAAA